AUGGAUCACCAAGCUCCUUCACCACGCGCCUUCUCGCCGUCACCAGCUCCUCGUGCCCAAUCCCCCCCUGUGUCGGGCGACGAACAGCAGCCGAGCUCUCCCACCACCGCCAAUGCCCUCCCCGCAAUUCCCCAGCAGUCGUCACCCGAAUACAGACCAGAGUUUUUGAGAUCAGUGGGGGAGAACGAAAGACACCCCAAGGGCAAGAGGAAACGCACCGCUGCCAAAGACAAGGCGAUCCUCGAGGCGGCCUACAAUGCCAACCCUAAGCCUGACAAGGCAGCGCGUCUCGAUAUUGUAAAACGCGUCUCACUUAACGAAAAAGAGGUUCAGAUUUGGUUCCAAAACAGAAGACAAAACGACAGAAGAAAAUCACGACCCUUGUCGCCGCAGGAGCUUGCGGCCCUCAGAUACGGCGGCAUGCAGAUCCUCUCUUCUGACCCCGCCCCUUACAACACCGCUUUUAGUUCCGAUAUCACCAAUACCUCCCCGCUUCAGUCAUUAUCACGACCCGAGCAGGAACCGACGCCCCCCACCCAGCCAGAUAGACCCGUAUCUCAAGCUGGGGAGGAGGCCGAGCCAGUGGCCGAAGUACCCCGCGAGACUAGCAAGUGGGAGGAACCCCGGGACAACGCUAAGGAGCUGGCUACCCCUGCUCCUAAACCAAGAGCCGCUCACGACCAGUCUUCAGCGCUGUCACAGUCCUUCUCGGCGUCGGUUGGUUAUCUUUCCAACAGGUGGAAUACUGGCAACUCAUUCACGACACCGGCAUCAGUGACGGCUGGUCGUGAUGAGCCCUUCUCCCUCGAAUCCGUCUCGUCGUCAUGCCCACCAGCGUUCUCUGCUGGCUCAAUCCUACCCCCACCAAGCACACAACCCUCUCGUUUCCGCAUCUCCAUGUCGUUGGAAGGCAAGGCCGAAGUUGUAGCCUCGACCAUUUCACCACCGCGUCCCAUUGCUGCUCCACCAACUCCUGACAUGCUGCAGUCACUUCGCUCUAUUCGGCGGCCGAACCUGCAGCGAAGCCACAGUGCUUCUCCUAUUGUCACACUGCCACCCAUUUCAGUUCUCACCAGUUCUCUCACUAGCCACAGCCCACUACCGCCUCGCCUCACUCGUGGAAGGUCAAGAGAUGUGCACGCCUGGGAGUUUGCCUGUGAUGCUGAGAACCGCGAGGAUGCACUUACCGCACAAGCCAAGAAUGAGAGCAAUGGCUCCGCCAUCGCAGCUAUCAGCCUUCUGAGGUCAACCAGCUCAACCGGCGGCAGCCCUCUUCAGCAAAGCAGCAGUGCCAAGCGCAACGCCACCAUCAGCAAGGCCACUCCUCGCCCAGGUGCGGCCAAGAAGGCAAAGCUCGGUAGAGCGUCGAGCAGUGUUGCGAGGAUGCAGUCAGUUUUGGGGCUUAGCGAAAAGGCCAACCAUGACGACCAGCAGGUCGUCAGCAGCACUUCGGAGAAGAUCAAAGUUCACGCACGGCAUUCCCCAUCAGGUCACGAUUCUGAUAAGGAGAACUGGAGCCCUGAUGAAGACGGCAACCCGCGUACUCCUUAUUACUCUCACGCCCAAUCAAUCAUGGGAUCCGCAACCACAGGUCGCCGCCCUCUCUCCUCUUCUGCUACAAGGUCAGAGAAGGAUUACAGGAAGCAUCCCCGCCGCACUCCGGCAAACGACAAGACGGCCCUGAACGACCGAGCUAACACCGCGCCGGUGAAGGGCCGGGGCCAGAGACGUGACAAGCGGGCGGCCCAGGACUCUGUUUUGGAGAUAUUUGAGGAUGAAGAGGCUGAGAACAGGAGCCCUGCUUCUUCGAGGGCUGCUUUGGACGACGAGGUGGAGAGAUUCAUGAGGGGCAAUGUGAGCCCGAGCAAAAAGAGCGAUGUGGAUGCCGUGGCUGGGUUGUUGAGUUUGAGUCAGGGGAACUGGAGAUGAUUGGCUUGCUCCAUCACCUUCCCACUUUGUAUAUGAUCCGGAUGGGCUUUCAAAACAAGGCGUUUAUGUUGGUUUCCAGUGGUUUUGGUGCUCUCUUGUCGGAUCGUUAGGUUGGCAUGGCUACUGGACAGGCGGAUGGAUUGGGGAGUUGUUGUAUUUGUUUUGUGAUACCUGCCCUUUUUCUGUUUUUUUUUGGACCCGCAAAGAGGGCGUGCGUGUUUCAUUGGGGAUUUGGAAUCGCGUCUGGGUUAUCGUUUGUCUCUCCGGAGUCCGGAGGGUACAUACUAAGCUUUUUGUUUCGGGGCGGCUACGGAUGGCUAUUGUCAUUUAUUCAUGUUACACUACAUCAGCUGAAAAAUAGCUGAAUAUGGAGGGGCUAUGGGCGGGUUUUGGGGGAAAUGGACAGCAAGCACGGCGGAUAUGGAAUAAUUACUUAGUGUAAUGAACAAGAACUUUUGGGAGCACUCUAUUUUUGAAGGGCUGUUUUGUUGUUGACUUUAUGUGUGAGGUUUGAGUAGAAAGAGGAAGCUGAGAAAAAAGGGGGAAGUUUGUUUAAGCUUAAAGGGGAUGGUGAUUACUAUGACGU